CCGGAUUCCCCUUUAACAGCAUUCGCUCCGAGUGGAGACGCGCGCGCGCGCGGGAGCACCACCAACCACAACACCCCCUAACGUCUCCGAGCCUCGCGAGGCGACGGGUCCAGUCGCGCUCAAUCGCCGGCCGACUGGGCUCGUCACACACUACCAAUCUACCAUCCGAAAGCCACCGUGCAACCAGACGCGCUGACUUCCGCUGGUGUGAUCCCCCGAUCGCGUACUGCGCGUAGCACAGCUCGCGCGCGCGCGCGCACACACACACCAGACACAGGCAGACACCACCAUCUCCCUCUCGCCCUCCCGCCUCCGAUCCGACGCGUCGAGCGUUUCAGCCACCGCUGUGCCUUGGCUGCCGGCCGGUUCUUGAUGUGGAGGGAGCGGCGGCCGCCGCCGCCGCUGCUUCUGAUAGUGGCCGGCGCGGCCCUGCUGGUGAUCGGCGCGGCGCUCGCGAGCGCGCCGCCGGAGGCCGCGCUGAAGGUCGGGUUCUACCAUGAGACGUGCCCCAUCGCGGAGGACGUUGUCCUCGCGGAGAUGAGGCUCAUCCUCAUGGAGGACGCCACGGUGGCGCCGGCCCUGCUCCGGAUGCACUACCACGACUGCUUCGUGCAGCUAGCUAGGCUCACGCACGCAUGGCGUCCAUGGAAGGGCUGCGACGGGUCGAUCAUGCUCCGGUCCAGGAAGAAGGGGAAGGCGGAGCGGGACGCGGUGCCCAACCGCAGCAUGCGAGGGUACGACGCCGUCGAGCGGAUCAAGGCCCGGGUCGAGACCGUCUGCCCGCUCACCGUCUCCUGCGCCGACAUCAUCGCCAUGGCCGCCAGGGACGCCGUCUACUUGAGCCACGGGCCGUGGUACGACGUGGAGACCGGGCGGCGCGACGGCAACGUCACCGUGGCCGAGUACGUCGAGAACGACCUGCCGCCGCCGGACUCCAACAUCGUCGACGUCAAGACCUUCUUCAGCGUCAAGUCGCUCAACUCCAAGGACAUCGCCGUCCUCUUCGGGUGCCACAGCAUCGGGACCUCCCACUGCGGGGCGAUCCAGAAGCGGCUCUACAACUUCACCGGCAACAUGGACCAGGACCCGUCGCUGGACCCGGCGUACGCCGCCGAGCUCCGGAAGCUCUGCCCGCCGCCCCGCCCCGGCGGCGACGACGACGGUGCCGGCGGCGAAGGGAAGGUCAAGGUGCCUUUGGACCCCGGCAGCAACUACACCUUCGACCUGAGCUACUACCGCCACGUGCUCGCCACGGGCGGGCUGUUCCAGUCCGACGGCAGCCUCCUGCACGACCCUGUCACCAAAGGGUACGUCGAGAAGGUGGCCAAGGCGGCGUCGCCGGACGAGUACUACGCGGACUUCGCGGCGGCGAUGGUCAAGAUGGGCCGCACCGACGUGCUCGUCGGCGAUCUUGGGGAGAUCAGACCAACUUGUGGCAUUUUUGUUGACUAGCAUACAGGUUCAGGAUGGCAUUAAUUGAAUCUGUCAACGUGUGUACUGUGCUGUGCAGUUAGCUCAGAAGAGCACGAGCUGUUAAAAUUGCGUAAUCCGGGAAUCCUGUUCUGUGCACACGGCCGUCACUGAUGGACUGAUUUGUCAGCCAUGAUAUAUUUAUUUAUCUAAUAUAUUAGUUAUAUUACUGUGACC